GAUGGUCGCUGGGUGACAACUUGGACCGCUGCGCCGCAGCCAAUCGACUCCAACACACAACCCCCCGAGCUCUACGAUGACGGUGUUGUCUUCGCCAACGCCUCCAUCCGUCAAACCAUCCGCCUGUCCAUUGGCGCCGAGCGAUUUCGUUUCCGCUUCUCCAAUGCAUUCGGCUUGAGAGACCUACCUAUCACCAAAAUCACCAUUGCCCAGCCCGUACCGCAUGCAGGCCGCAACGAAACGGGCUCCCACGGCAUCGAUCUCAACACAAUCCACACCAUCACCUUCAGCGGGCAAGAGUCCGUCCUCCUCCCUCCCGCCGCCCUGGCCGUGUCUGACCCGGUGCCCUUGGAAGUGGCCAACGGGCAGGCAUUGAGCAUCACCAUCUACCUCCGAGACGGCUUCAAGAGCGAUCAACUCACCGCACACCCCAUCAGUCGCACCGACACCUACUUGUCGCUGGGCGACAAUACAGAAUCAGCGGAUUGGGAUGUAUUGUGGAAGAAAUCUCGACAAGGCUGGUACUUCCUCAGCGGGGUGGAGGCGUGGAGACCAUCCAACUUUCGUGCCCUCAUCCUCCUCGGCGACAGCUUGACCGAUGGCUCGCACAGCUCUUUCAACGCCGACGCUCGCUGGCCGAACGUGCUCUUCAAUCGCAUGCAAGCGGCAGGCGUGGACGACAUCAGCGUCCUGAACCAAGGCGCAGCCGGUAACCGCGAACUGACCGACGGCACUGGCGGCAAAAACGCCGUCUCCCGCAUCGACCGCGAUGUGCUGGCCUACAGCUCGCUGGCGUACGCCUUCAUGUUCGAAGGCAUCAACGACAUCAACUUCGCAGGCGGUAGCUCUGCUAGCCAGAACGAGGUUGCGGAACGGCUCAUCAGCUCCUAUCAGCAGACCAUCACACGCCUGCAUGCCUUUGGUGUACCUGUGUUUAUGAGCACCAUUGGGCCUUUCGCAUGCACGCACCCGGGGGCCAAGUACCGAGAGGCCAUACGAGAGCAGACGCGAUUGCGGGUGAAUGAUUGGAUCCGCAGCAGCGGCUGGCCCGACGCUGUCGUUGACUUCGACGUUGUGCUUAGAGACACAAACAAUCAGACGGAAUUCAAUCCCAACCUCGACUCGGGAGACUGCAUCCACCCCAACGACGAGGGCUACCGGUUGAUGGCAGAAGCGUUCCCAUUGCAGCUCUUCGACAGCUUCAAAUACGGCGUCAGC